CGGAUCGGCUCCACCCGACAGGCUAUACCGACCGGUGUCUCUCUCCAGCGCCUCCUCAAACCGUCCAUCAAGCCGUCUCCAGAGUCGGACUCUAUCUUCGUACCGCCUGCCACCGAUGCAGCCGGAUCCGACUGGAGGAACCCAGCAGGCGGCGCGGGGACUUCGACAAACGGCCCGGGGACUGCCGCACCCGGCUCGGGGACUCCAGAACCCGGCCCGGGGACUGCAGCAGUUGGCCCGGGGACUGCAGCGACACAAGAAGCGGUGGCCGACUCCAACUCCCCACCACCCAACCCGCCCACCCGAGUCACAGUGGCCGUACUGACAGUAGAAGAAGUCACAGCUCCAUCAUGGGCCCAGCCCAUCCUCAACUUCCUAGUCAAUAGAGAGCUGCCGGCUGAUGAGAUCUCGGCAAGACUAGUGCAACGUCGAGCCGGAGCAUAUGCAAUAAUAAACAGAGAACUUGUCAAGCGCAGCGUCACUGGAGUCUUCCAGCGCUGCGUCGAGCCAGAGAAAGGUGUGGCAAUCCUCAAGGAUAUCCAUCAAGGCGAAUGCGGCCACCACGCAGCCUCAAGAUCACUUGUGGCCAAAGCUUUCCGCCACGGUUUCUUUUGGCCGACUGCUUUGGAAGAUGCCAAAGAGAUAGUCAAAAGCUGCAAAGGAUGCCAAGUCUUCAGUUCCAAGCAACACCUGCCGGCUUCUGCACUCAAGACCAUCCCCCUCACCUGGCCCUUUGCCGUCUGGGGG